UCUCACUCUCUCUUACUCACUAUCUCUCUCUAACACACACACACACACUCUCACUCCCUCUCUCUCAUUCCCUCUCCUCUCGCUCUGUCUCUUACUCACUAUCUCUCUCUAACACACACACACUCUCACUCCCUCUCUCUCAUUCCCUCUCUCCUCUCGCUCUGUCUCUUACUCACUAUCUCUCUCUAACACACACACACACUCUCACUCCCUCUCUCUCAUUCCCUCUCUCCUCUCGCUCUGUCUCUUACUCACUCUCUCUAACACACACACGCACACGGACACACACACACACAGACACACACACACACACACACACAAAAUAGCAAUGCUCCCUUCAGGUGAAUCGAUAACAGUGUGUAUGUGUGUUAUUUCUCAUACCUGAAUGUUAACACGGUGUUCCUUUUCUCCUCUAAACAGGUCUGUGGUUAACCAGCUGCAGCCAUGUGUGACCAGACGUUUUUGGCCAUCACCUUCGGGCCGUGUGACAGCUGCUCGGAGAACCGCCCCUUGAUGAAUCUAUACAUCAAGACUGAACCCAUCAACUACUGCUCACUAUGCAUGGAGAUUAUGGCGUGCCAGGGCCUUGCGAGCGGCGAGACUCUGAAGUCGCUGAAGGCGGAGAGCGAGACGCUGAGGAAGAAGCUCGAGGAGGAGCGGAAGAAGCUGCACGAUGUGGAGUUGGAGAAGGUAGCUGAGAAGGCGGAAGCUCUUGGUGAGUUAAACAUGAAGACUCGGAGGACACUGAAGGGCCAUGGCAACAAGGUGCUCUGUAUGGACUGGUGCAAAGACAAACGCCGCAUUGUCAGCUCCUCACAGGAUGGGAAGGUCAUCGUAUGGGAUGCUUUCACUACCAAUAAGGAACAUGCAGUGACCAUGCCGACUACGUGGGUGAUGGCGUGUGCCUACGCCCCCUCUGGCUGUGCCAUCGCCUGUGGGGGAUUGGAUAAUAAGUGCUCGGUGUACCCUCUCUCAUUGGACAAGGACGAGAACUUGUCGGCCAAGAAGAAGUCGGUUGCCAUGCACACCAACUACCUGUCCGGCUGCACCUUCACCAACUCUGACAUGCAAAUCUUGACGUCCAGUGGUGACGGUACCAGUGCGCUGUGGGAUGUGGAGAGUGGUCAGCUGCUGCAGAGUUUCCACGGUCACUCUGCUGAUGUUCUCACUCUGGACCUCGCCCCCUCUGAGACUGGAAACACCUUCGUCUCCGGGGGUUCUGAUAAGAAGGCUAACGUUUGGGACUUGCGCUCAGGGCAGAACGUCCAGUCGUUUGAUACCCACGACUCUGACAUCAACUGUGUCAAGUACUACCCCAGUGGCGAUGCUUUUGCCUCUGCUUCUGACGACUCUACCUGCCGUCUGUUUGAUCUCAGGGCUGAUCGGGAGGUGUCCAUCUACUCCAAAGACAGCAUAAUAUUUGGAGCCGCCAGUGUCGACUUCUCUCUUAGUGGUCGUCUGUUGUUUGCUGGCUAUAAUGACUACACCAUCAAUGUGUGGGACGUCCUGAAGGGGACCAGAGUAGCCAUCCUGUUUGGUCAUGAGAACAGAGUCAGCUCACUCAGAGUCUCUCCUGAUGGGACCGCUUUCUGCUCCGGGUCCUGGGACAACACUCUACGGAUCUGGGCCUAGAGCUGCUGUGAUGUCAUCAGAGCGCGACCGAACCCCUGGAAGUCAGGGGUCAGAGGUUAAGGGUCAGGACCAGAGUCAUGUGACCAGUCGACCCAGAGUGCCCAUGGAGCACACCCUGCCGCAGAAAGAGUCUGCCUAUAGAAACUAUAUUCAGUUACACACACACAAUAAUAAGCUAUCUAGGUUUGACUCACAGAGACUAUUUAUUUGACUGAAGUUGGACUAUACCAAAUGCUCAUCAGGUUAAUGAGUUCCUAAAGCUUUAUUAAUAGCAGUAUUACAAAUAUUAUUACUAUUAUAAUAGUAAAGUCAGUUGAGCACAGUUUUCCUCUACAGCAGGUCCUAGCCAAUGCCAUGCAGUACUGACUUUCCUGUAUAGAAGCUAACUCACUGCCGCUUUUAUGCUCCCUAGUCCCCCUUUAAACCUGCAUCACAGUCUGUAGUUUACCAGUCAAUUAGUCUGCCCAGAGUGUAACUUGCUCAGAUCUAAAGUGUAAUACUAUUGUUAUAUAAAACCAGACCAUAGACUAUGACUAGCCAGAGAGGGAGAAAGAGGGAGUGUUUGAAGUAUUGUUCAUUUGUAAUCAUAGUCUUCUUGUGAAAUAAAUACAUUUUAUUUAAAUUA